AAUGGAAUUCACCACCGGUCGAUGUUAACGCGUGUUGACUCAGUUUAUAAAUGUGAUCCGUGUGUUAAAUGUCCGAAACAUGACGGGGACUAUAAUUGAGAAUUUAAGUGGCCGUAAGCUCGCCAUUUUAGUGAGUUUCCUUUUGUUAUGUCAGCUAAUAUGUUUCUUGAUCGGUGGGCUGGUCGCACCCAUGCCCGCAAACGCCCAAAACAUACUCGCGACAGUGUGCCGAGAUAAAUCUACAGUGAAAAAUGACACGACAAAGUGGUAUUAUAACCGCGGCAAGGGCUCCUGCAAAACUGUGGACCUCGGGGAAACGCAUCAUGAUCUAUCGGAGACCGACAUUGUGUUCGCCUUUCAAAUGCCGGUUCCCCGUGAAAGCAAGAUUCUAGACUACUCGCGAUGGCAACAAAACUUGAUAGGAGUGCUGCAAGUCGACAUUAAAUACCACUCGCAGAUCGAGGUGCAGCCGCGCAGUACAAUAACAAUAGACGCGCGCCUAGCGUACCGGAAUAAGGGCGAUCCCGAGGACGAAUGGAAGCUGUACACACAAUCCAUUGAAAAACGACACCUAGACUGCGAUAUAGACGUGAAAAGUGAGGAAUAUCUCUACAACUGCUCGGCUAUACCUUUGUUUGAACUAGGUUCUUUGUUCCAUGACUUCUAUUUACUGAAUGUUAGGCUCCCAGUCGACACGCCGACUAUGAACUCUCAUAUAGGGCAUAUACAAGACAUGUGGCUAACAGUCAUUAACCAAAAUGGUGGGUUCACUAAGGUGUGGCUGUCUCUAAAAACUGUAUUUUUCCCUUGUAUAAUAGCUAUACUUGUAUGGUUCUGGAGACGUAUACAUAUGUUGCAACGGAAGCCUGUGUUACUUGAGAAAAUGCUACUGAGUUUAGGUUUAGCUCUUUGUCUCUUAAACAUGCCAAUUGAGUACUUCACACUACACUUUGACUUGCCAUUCAUGUUGUUGCUAGGAGAUAUCCGUCAAGGAGUCUUCUAUGCUACAUUAUUUUCAUUCUGGCUUGUUUUUGCCGGGGAACACAUGCUGAUACAAGAUGCGUCAGCUCAAAGCUCUGUUAAGCAGUAUUGGAGGCAUUUGAGUGCUGUUGCUAUGGGCUGUAUCUCUCUAUUUAUAUUUGACAUGUGUGAGAGAGGUGUGCAGCUCCGUAAUCCUUUUUACUCUAUCUGGGUGACUGAUAUUGGAACUAACUUGGCUUUGACGUUUAUUAUACUGGCUGGGAUAUCAACUGGGGUAUAUUUCUUGUUCUUAUGUUACAUGAUAUGGCAGGUUUUCAUUAAUAUUUCUCACAAGAGACAGUCUCUACCAACUAUGUGCUCUGUUCGACGUCUGCAUUAUGAAGGCAUUAUCUAUCGCUUCAAGUUUCUUAUGUUGGCUACUCUGUUGUGUGCUGCACUGACUGUAAUAGGCUUUAUACUAGGACAAGUUGCUGAAGGGCAAUGGAAGUGGGACGAGAACAUUGAACUUGAAUACACUUCAGCAUUUUUCACAGGAGUGUAUGGAAUGUGGAAUAUCUACAUUUUUGCUUUGUUGGUCUUGUAUGCCCCAAGCCACAAGCGCUGGCCAGUCGUGGAGAAUACCUCUGACACACAAAACUUGAGUGAGGAGAUAGAGUUUAGCCCGCUACCUAGUGAGAGGGGAAGUAGUGAGAUAUCGUCUCUAACAUCCUUUAUUAGGAAGACGACCAUUGAUUAAUCUGUGCCAAUUUAGUAUUUCACUUUAUUACUAACUAGUAUUUAAGAUGUCUGCUCUUCCAGCUUUUUGAUGAAUUUAUAGUUCCACUUAUUGGAAGUAAAAUCGUCUUGUUUCUUGCCUUUAUAUGGAUAUUCGCCGAUAGGUUUGCCCAGAUGUGAGUACUGAUGUGUGCUAUGACGUCACCGGUCGUUGGAUCUCGCGUCUAAACGUCUUUACGAUAAUUAUGGCCAUCAAUCGUCGCGUGGCCGGUCGAGUGGCCGUACCAGCUCACCGUAGGCGUUAAUUAGCUAGUAUGAGAGAAUCUCUCGGUAUAGGCAUUCAGCCUUAGAAAACUUAGUCUUGACGAACAAAUUUUGUACUCAAAUAUUUAACCGGAACUUGUGUAGUCCAUAUUUAUUUAGUCUUAUCGCUCGCACGUAGGAUUUACUUAGGCGAGCUGUAACCAUUAGCUUAAGGAAUGUUUUAAGACUUUGCCUGUUCUCAAUCAUGUAUUUAGUUGUGUAAGACUAAUUUUAUUAUUUUUAUUACUAAAAUUAUUUUGAACUGAUGAUUAUUUACUUAUUUUUCGAAUUAUUUAUGAAGUCGAUGUUUUAUUUUGUCUCAAUGUCGUCGUUUACUUAGUCGAGUGAGCUAAGAUGUGUAUCGAGUCAUUCUAAAAGUUUUAGAUCAUUAAACAGGUAGUUUGCCCUUGAUCUUUCCAGUUUUGUAACAAGCUUCCAAAA